AUGCAAUCCACACACAAGCGCCCCUACACCAACAACAAUGACUCCACAACCACAUGCAAGCAUGUCCACACCAACAACAAUGGCAACUACUCUGCCACCAUCACUGGCUUCCUGAGGGAGAUUUGGAAACACAUCUGCACCUACGUGCCAUUUGUGUGCAGAGAUUUCCUCGCCAUCUUUGAAGAGCUCCACUACGAGCCCAAGCCACCUCACACCAAGUGCUCACCUCAAGGCGAUUGA